AUUGACUCAAAAAUCUCUAGCUACUGUUCCUGCAAUAGACAACAAUGGCGACUCUUUCCCUUUCCCCUUCCGUGGGAACAACUUUUCACUCUCUCCAUAGCUACCCAACUGGUUCCUCAUCCUACUCUUCUUCUUGUCCCACUACUGCUUCUCCAUCUUUGUCACUGACAUUGUCAUCUAGCAAUUCGGGGUUUUUAAAUUCAGCUUUCAAGAAGAAUGAGAUUAAUGUUCCAGUGAGGAAUAGGGUGACAAAAUCCUUUGGGGUUCGGAUGUCUUGGGACGGUCCUCUAUCUUCCGUUAAACUCAUUCUUCAAGGGAAAAACCUUGAGUUAACACCUGCUGUGAAGGACUAUGUGGAAGAGAAGUUGGGUAAGGCAGUUCAAAAGCACAGCCAUCUAGCCAGGGAAGUGGAUGUUAGGCUGUCUGUUCGAGGUGGAGAGCUUGGAAAAGGCCCAAAAAUUCGAAGAUGUGAAGUUACUUUAUUUACGAAAAAGCAUGGAGUGAUUCGUGCAGAGGAAGAUGCAGAGUCAAUUUAUGGAAGUAUAGAUAUGGUAUCAUCAAUUAUACAGAGAAAGUUGCGGAAAAUUAAGGAGAAGGAUUCAGACCAUGGUCGCCACAUGAAGGGAUUCGAUAGGCUGAAAGUCAGGGACCCAGAGGUGCUGUUAGUUCAAGAGGAUCUUGAAACACUUCCCCAAGAGGAAGAAGUUGAAGAUGAUGACAAGAGCGAUGGCUUUGUUACUGAGGUUGUUCGUAAGAAGUCCUUUGACAUGCCACCUUUAAGUGUCAAUGAAGCAAUUGAACAGCUGGAAAAUGUCGACCAUGACUUCUACGGUUUCCGGAAUGAGGAAACUGGUGAGAUUAACAUUGUUUACAGACGAAAAGAAGGAGGUUAUGGACUUAUUAUUCCAAAGGAAGAUGGUAAAACAGAGAAGUUAGAGCCCUUGGAGGUUGAACCAGAGAAAGAACCGUCGAUAGCAGAAUAAAUCGAUUUGGUAAAAGAGUUCUUAGUUAGUCACUGAGUACAUUUGCUUAGCAUUAUGUUCACUCCUUGAGAGUCAGAAAAAACAGUUUUAUGAAUUGAGAACAUAUUGCCAGAAAAGCUUCCGUAUGAAAGUAGAUGUUUCUACUGUUCUGUAAAAUUUGUAAUUAUAACUUGAAAAAGGGAAUAAUGCAACUGAAUUUUACAUUCUA